UCCCCUCCACACUUUUCUCUUUUCUCUUUCUUUUCCUUUCCUUUCUUUUUGCUUUCUUUUCUCUCUCUACUCUCCAUUCUACAAACCACAUGCUAUCCUUUUGUUAUUUCACUCUCUCACUCCAUCAAUAGCUCUCUAAAAGUGCUAACCCAUAGACACAAACCUCUCACAUUUUCCACCCCAAAUGUUUCCCAAGAAUUUACCUUUUCUUUUCUUCUUCUUCUUCUUCUUCUUCACCUUCUUUCCAUUCAUCAUUUCGGGUCUAUCCAACCCAGACCCGGCAUCUAUCCAAUCAUUCUUGCCAAACCCAUCACCCCCAGCAACCAUUCCUGCAUUCCCGGAACAGUCUAAUGUUGAAGGCUGUCCUUUAGACCUGCCGGAUCAGCUCUUCCAUGGCAUAAAAACUGCUUGUGGAAGUGGCGAAACUGGGCAGCUACACAAGAGCCGGUGCUGCCCGGUUCUUGCAGCUUGGCUGUACUCUGCCUACUCUGCCACUGCACUUGGUACGGCUGGCAGAGUAGCCCCAGCAGUGGGAGGUCAUACUACCCCAUCAUAUGACCUGCCACUUCUCCCAGAUGACUCAGAAACUUGUGUGGAUGAUCUGGGUAAGGCCUUGAAAGAAAAAGGGAUAGAGUUGGUUAAACCAAAUGAGACUUGUGAUGUGGUUUAUUGUUAUUGUGGGAUUCGAUUGCACCCAUUGAGCUGCCCUGAGGCAUUUUCUACUAACCGAAAGGGGAAGCUUGUUGGGGAUAAGAGGGUUAAGAAGUUAGAGAGGGAUUGCUUGAGUAGCAGUGGCAAUGUGAAUCAAUUCCCUGGUCUCGGUGGGUGCUCCAAGUGCUUAAACAGCCUCUAUUCGCUUAACAACAAGAAGACUUUGAACUCAAGCAAAUCAGAGGACAGGACCACCAAAAUGCACAACAAAGAUUGCCAAUUGAUGGGUCUCACAUGGCUGCUUGCGAAGAAUCGAACAGCUUACAUACGCACAGUUUCUGCAGUUUUACGCGCUAUGAUGAUGAAUGUGGAUGGAUCAAAUCCUCAGUCCUGCACUCUCAACAGUGAUGGUAUGCCCUUGGCUGUUGAUUCUUCUGAAAUUUCCAGCAAUUCUUUGUCAAUCUCCCAUCAAGCACCCAUCUUUAUAUCUAUUGUUGUUUUUGUAAUCUGUUUGUUACAUUUGCUUCUCUUUGUACCUUCCACCAAAUUUUAGAUGAUGGCUUUAAUCUAGUGAAUUGUUGUUGAUGGUGGUGGUUGGAACUA